AGAAAUUAGUUGUCAUUUAUUUUAAAAAUGACUCCAAUUAUAAAGUUGUCAAAGUUUUCACGUCAUUUUUUUACUUCAAGAAAGAACAUCAGGAAGAAGACACCUGAACAUUCUUUAACAACAAUCUCCUUGCAGUUAAAGGAUGGUGAGGCACGCGCACUUCAGGCGCCGGUACCUCAGUCAACAGGAGGCAGAAGAUCCGUCCGGACAGGACUUCAGCGGCAGGGAGCAGCAAGAGGAAUCCCUGAUCAUCAUGGAUCAGCAGGAAAUGGCUGCUUUCUUCGCACUGCUGGAUGAUGAUCUGAUCCAGCAUUUCCUCUGUAUGGACUCCUGCUACAUGGUGACCGACAAGUAUCUACUGGCGAUCACCUUCAUCUACUUCAAAAGAGCUCACUUCACGGCCAAUGAGCACACAAGGAUGAACUUCUUCAUCGCCCUAUAUCUCGCGAACAUGAUGGAGGAAGAAGAGACGGGGAACAGAUUUGAGAUCUUUCCCUGGGCCUUGGGAGGAAACUGGAGACGUCAGUUUCCCUCCUUCAUCAAGAAGAAGGACCAGCUCUGGGCCCGGAUGGAGUACAGGACUGCUGUCAGCCGCCACUGCUGUGAGGAGGUGAUGGCCAUCGUACCCUCCCACUCUCUGUGGAAUCGGGAGCGCCCCGAACAUCACAGCGGGGCCCAGCGGCACUACAGCGGGGAGGGCUUUCAGUGGCCCCGGGGCCCAUCCUCUGUACCCGUCGCCUGCACGCUCUGCAGCAUGACCGUCCGGACCCAGGAACCCCGUGCUUCUGACCACUCAGGGAGCCCAGAGUCCAGCGCACAAGACAGCGAAGCGGAACAGGAUGGACCCCUGAUCCGGAUCAAAGAGGAAAGAAGAGGCUCAAAGCGAACAUGGGAUGGACAGCUGAAGGAUCACAGUCGCUGUCCAGAUCCACAAGAAGGUCCAAGUCAUUCUGAUCCUGUUGCAAGACCUCAGGACCUUGGAUCUCCCUCUGUGGGCGUGCUGAAAGUGAGGAAGGUCACCGAGGCGACGGGCCUGCCUAUCGGAUCUGCACCACACGUUGGAGCCCUAGUUCCAAGCUGCAUCAUUUUGUAGCCGGGAACUUUUUAUACAGCCCCAUUUCUGGUUCCCUGCUUCCUGGUCUGGGAUCUCAUCCAGUCAGCGGCCCAAGACCCAUUGGUCCCCUGUUGCCACGCCUCCCCCUUUGCCGAGUCCUCGUCUGUGUAGGAUUGACCCUUCCGACUUCAAGAACAUCCUGCUCCUCAUCCCCGACUAUGUUUAUUCCUUUCUGUUUUGAUCUUGGUUGCCCACAUCUAUAUUUAAACACAAUGUACUGUUGUAUGGGCAGCGUUUCUCAAACUAUGGCCCGCGGACCGGUGCCGGUCCGUGAGAGGGUUCCUGCCGGUCUGCGGAAGCUCGCUUCUGCACCGAUCAAAAUUCAGUCAGAUCAGGCAUAAUAAUAAUAACAGUAAUAGUAAUAGUGUUUAUCUAUGGUAAUAAUAUCUAUCUAUCUAUGCGGAUACGCAUCCGCGGGGGGGGGGGUGUUUGGGGGGGUCGUUUAUGCAGGGCCCUGCAGCCCCAAAGCCUGACAUGAGUUUGAGCAACGCUGUAGUAAUGGAUUUUGGGCAACCACUGAAUGUAAUGUAAUGGAAUUUUGGUAAAGUGUCUUUAAUGGUAAAAAGUCUUAUAAUAGUGCAUAUUGUACAAUAUAUAGAGCUGUUUUCUUUGUUUGUUUUAGGUUCUGUAUAUGUAUAAUAUUUAAGAAAAUAUAAUUUGUAAU